AUGGAGCAGCUCAGAGCAGAACUCCGGGCUCAAUUUAGAAGACAAUCCCCGGUGCCGUCUCCACCGAAGGAGCAGGCGCAGCCCGCCCGUUCCCCCGAGCGACCCAACAUGGACGAUAUGGUGCGUGCCGUGACGGCUCAAGUGGGGCUGAUGCUUGACGCACGGUUUGGAGCUCUCGAGCUGGAGGGUAGGCUCCUGCCGGCCCAACCAAUGCGGCCCCCGUUGGCUGCUGACAGGCGACGACAAGCCGCACAGGCGGCUUCACAAGAAUUAGCGGCGGGGCCAGCGCCCGCAACUAAGACGACUGUAGGUGGACCCAAGUCGCCUUCAACCUCCACUCCGAGGCGAGGCCCUCCGAAUCCUGAAGAGCCCCAAAAGGGCAGUAAAACGAAAGGGAAGGGAAAAGGGAAGAAGAGCGUGGCCCCAACAGCGGCCAAGGCCACUACAACCCAUCUUCUCCCUCAACCUCAGCUCCCCUCCCAGCCAUCAGUCCCUGCGUCCGUGAACGAAGGCUGGAAUGUGGUGACCCGAGGCAAGAAGAAGGCGACGGCAAAAUCGCGCCUAACGUCCCAGCCAGCGCCGCAGCGCCAAAAGGCCACCAAGCCUAAGCCGCGUAAACUCCGCCCGCCUCGCUCGGCGGCGGUAGUUCUGACGCUGCACCCGGACGCUGAAGGAAAAGGCGUAACGUACGCGCAGGUGCUUUCCAGGGCGAAAGAAAACAUUGACCUGGAGCAGCUAGGCAUCACUGCCAUAAAAUUUAAGCGGGCAGCCACUGGCGCGAGAGUCCUUGAACUGCCAGGUGCAGCCAAUGGUGAGAAGGCCGACUCGCUGGCAAAAGAGCUGGCUGAAAAGCUGGGGGAGGACAUAGUUCGAGUCUCCAGGCCGGUAAAGUGCGCGGAGCUGCGCCUCACGGAGCUCGACGAUUCGGUGUCGCCUGGCGAGGUUGUCGCAGCGGUCGCUAAAGUCGGCGGCUGCGCAGAGGACCAGAUUAAGGCAGGAGAAAUCCGCCAAGAUGCCUCCGGCCUUGGUACAAUCUGGCUUCGCUGCCCGAUCACGGCAGCCAAAAAGGUGGUGGAAGCUGACCGUGGGCGAAUCCGGGUAGGAUGGGUCCGUGCCGCAGUGAAGCUGCUCGAUCAGCGUCCCAUGCGGUGCUACAAGUGCCUCGAAAAGGGCCACGUUAGGGCACAAUGCACCGGCGACGCUGAUCGCACUGAUCUGUGUUAUCACUGUGGCAAACCCGGCCACAAAGCAGCUGGCUGUUCUGCGUCACCACACUGCGUUGUCUGCGAAAGUGCAGGCGAAUCUCAACCACUGUGCCAGGGCCCAGGACCUGUUGUUCCAAUCCCUGGCGCAGUGGAGGAUAGUGUUGCUGUGGUGGCAGAGCCUUACUCGAUCCCUCCCCGCGAUGAUUGGGUGGGUGAUUUGGUCGGUUCCGUGGCCCUUGUGGUAAGAACGGCGACUGGUGGUUUGCCGCUCACUAAUGUCAUCAGGGGAAGGGGAUACGUGGGGGCCCUUUGCGGUGAAACUUUCUACAUCGCAACGUAUUUUGCGCCCAACCGCCAGCGCCGCCGCCGCCGUCUGGUUGAAUUCGAGCAGUUCCUGGACGAAAUAGGGGCUCGAGUUGCUCAACUCCACCCACGUCCGGUCAUCGUUGCUGGGGACUUCAAUGCCAAAUCCACGGCUUGGGGUUGUCCGCGGACCGACGCGCGAGGCGCGACCCUGGAAGAAUGGGCUGUGGCGAUGGGCUUGGCAGUUAUAAACCAGGGAACGGCAGACACGUGCGUGCGACAACGGGGCGGCUCCAUUGUGGAUAUCACCUUCGCCAGCGUCGCCCUGGCGCGCCGUGUCCAAAGUUGGGAGGUCAUGGUGGGGGUGGAGACGUUGUCGGACCAUCGCUACAUACGGUUCGACGUCGCCACUCCUUCACUGACCCCAGACAACUUAGGUCGGAUUGGUCCGGUCGGGGGUGGCCCAAGAUGGGCCCUUACUAAACUUGACCGCGAACUGCUCAAGGAGGCGGCUAUCAUUCAGGCCUGGUUGCCCGUACAGGAGGAGGCUGUUGCGGUAGAGGAGGAAGCUUCCUGGCUCCGGAGGCCAUGCGCGAUGCGGCUGCAUAGCCGCGCGGCGCCAGUACAUGCGUCAGAGAAGGCGAGGAGAACUGAUGCGGAUGAGGAGCGCCGCCUGUAUGAUAUACAAGGCGUCCAGAUCGGAGUUUGCGGUGGCCAUAGGACAGGCGAUUGA